AUGAGUUUUGAGUGGCCGUGGCAGUACAAUUUUCCACCGUUUUUCACACUACAGCCCAAUGUUGACACGAGACAGAAGCAGCUGGCGGCAUGGUGCUCACUGGCUCUGUCCUAUUGCCGGCAUCACAAGCUCUACACGCUGGAUGUCAUGGAGGCUCAGGAAAGCCCCAUGUUCAACAACAAGAAGAUAGAACGAAAACUGUCAAUGGAAGCAAUUCAAGUUGUUUUUGAGGAACUGAGGAAAAAAGGCAACCUCGAGUGGUUGGACAAAAACAAGUCUCGGUGUUUAGUCAUGUGGAGACGACCAGAGGAAUGGGGCAAGUUAAUAUAUCAGUGGGUUUCCAAAAACGGUAUGGUCAACUCUGUGUUUACACUUUAUGAGCUGUCCAAUGGUGAUGACACAGAAGGUGAAGGUAUGGCACCAUUUUAAAGUUUUCCACAUGGAGAAAGCACCCAUAAAACCCAGCUCGCGUUAAAGUAAACAUAACAUAACACAGUGGCGAGAAAGGCUUUUAUUAAUGCUGACUGUGCAAUAGGUUUCCAGUCCUAGUUUGUUUUAACUGUUUGAUUUGUAUUGUUUACUCUGUUUCCUGUUUCUGCAUGAUUUCACCUAGCUGUAGUCCCAAAUUGCUGCUUUCAUCUCUAUUUUUGCACCUAAAGCACUGUUUAAUGUUAAUAAAUGCGAUGAUAAUGAAAUGUGCUGCACACAUUGACCCAAAACAUUAUGAAGAUAUCAGCUUAAUAUACUGCUUAUCCUUUAAGUGCUUAAAAACAUCUGUGACCUGCCAAGGCAUGGACUUGAAAGAGGCCCUGUGGUAACUAAACCUUUUGCCCGUGACUUGGAGCCAAAAGGUCUUGCUGUGUCAGAGAUUCCUGUACCUUAAUAAUUUGGCUCUUGUCAGAGUGGCUCGGAUACCUGCCCAUUUCUUACUUGUUUUCUUGCAUAGCACACCCUAACCCUACAGGGAACCUAUUAUACUUACUUCCAGCUACAUAUGUUUAAUCUUGGCCUCCACUAGACCAGAUUUGCAUGAUUCACAGCUUGAAAAUAAUCCUUAUUUACCAAAUACCGAACCUUGAUGGGGCCUUCAGUUCAUGGACUGACUGAAGUAUCAAGUAUCAUACAUAGCCA